UGUACCAGCUACCUAAGUUGUACAUCAAGCAACAUUACUGCGUGUCAUGUGCUAUUCACUCUAAAGUUGUUAGGAAUCGCAGUCGACGAGACAGGAAGAUCCGAACACCACCACCACGCUUCCCAAGGGCUCAGGAACAGCGUCCACGCAACCCAUAAACUGAAAUACAGUUGAAGUUGA